CACAGUGCCUAAAAUUACUUGGAAAACAAUUAUGGUGCGAUUCAGGCGAUUGUUGUUGUUCAAAAACUUGUCAAGAGUUUCGCCGAUCAACGAAACCGUUUUCAGCCCACCGCAACUACUAAAUGUAUGACAAGUUCCGAAAUCUUGGACUUUAUACUACAUAUUUCCGCAUCGGAGUUACGAAAAUUAAGGUUUCCUUGUUGCAGUUUCUGUCACCCCUCCCUGCGAAAUGGUUUCUACCGAAGUCGACGUUCCAAUUCCAAGAUGGCGGCCGCCAGGUGAAAAAUUAUGGUUUCUUGAAAACAAGAUGUUGCCAUAGCAACAGAUAAAGGUGUCUGUUUCAGCCUGCUGCCAUCUACUGCACAAAGUUCAAAGGUCACCCUUCACCAUGGAGAUGCUGAAGAAGCUCCAGAGCACGGUCCAGAGCACGGUGAGCAGUGCAGCCAGCUCGGUGCUCGGGAACCCGGUAACCAGGGAGUUUGAGAUCAGAAACCAUGUGGCCAGUGGAGGGCCAGGGUGUCUGUGGAAAAUCUACAAUGGCACCAAGAAAACCACCAAACAGGAGGUGUCAGUGUUUGUGUGUGAGAAGAGACAGUUUGAGCGGAUGAGCAGGAGGGACAGGGAUGCUGUGAUCGAGGCCAUGAAGCGAGGCGUGACCCAGCUGACCCGACUCAGACACCCACGUCUGCUCACUGUGCAGCAUCCACUCGAGGAGUCAAGAGACAGCCUGGCGUUUGCAACAGAGCCAGUAUUUGCCAGCCUGGCCAACGUGCUGGGUAACUAUGAGAAUAUGCCCACACCUGUUCCUGCUGCCAUCAAGGACCAUGAGCUCUAUGAGGUGGAGAUCAAGUAUGGACUACUACAGGUAACAGAAGGCCUGGCUUUCCUCCACAAUGACGUGAAGAUGGUCCACGGUAACCUGACACCAGAGGUCAUCAUCCUCAACAAGAACGGGGCCUGGAAGGUCGCAGGGUUCGAGUUCUGCAUCCCGUCAUCAAAUCCUCCAGAUCAGGCUGCAUUCUUCCCAGCUAAGGAGUGGGACGAGAACAUGACACCGCUGGCCCAGCAGACGCUGAACUACCAUGCCCCCGAGUACGUGCUGCAGUGCGCCUGCGACACUCAAGGGGACCUGUUCUCGCUGGGCAUGCUGUUCUACGCAAUCUUCAACCAGGGGAAGACUAUCAUGGACUGUGGGUCCAGCCUGCCUACGUACAAGAGAAACAUAGAACAGCUUGGUUCCCUGCGUAUGUCUGUGCUGGGCAGUGUGCCUGACCCUGUGAGGGAGUGUGUCAAACUUAUGCUGAACGUGGAGCCCACAGUCAGGCCUGAUGCUGACCAGAUGUCAAAGAUCCCGUUCUUUGAUGACGUUGGUGCGAUGACGCUGCAAUACCUGGACACCCUCCUCCAGAGGGACAACCUCCAGAAAUCCCAGUUCUUUAAAGGUCUACCCAAAGUCAUGUCAAAACUGCCAAAGAGAGUGCUGCUACAGAGGGUGCUGCCGUGUCUCACCCAGGAGUUCGUGAACCCCGAUAUGAUACCCUUUGUCCUGCCAAACGUGCUGCUGAUUGCCGACGACUGCUCCAACGAGGAAUACACCAGACUGGUCCUCCCUCAACUCAAACCUGUCUUCAAGGUGUCUGAACCAGUCCAGAUUGUAAUUAUCCUCCUGCAAAAAAUGGACCUGCUUCUGAGCAAGACUCCCUCCCAGGAUGUGAAAGACCAUGUCCUCCCCAUGGUCUAUAGAGCAAUGGAAUCUUCCAUGCAGCCUAUACAGGAGCGAUGUCUGGCCAUCAUCCCCACCUUCUCCAGUAUGGUGGAUUUCUCCACCAUGAAACACUCCAUCAUCCCCAGGAUCAAGACUAUGUGUCUGCAGACAAGCUCUCUCUCAGUGCGAGUGAACUGCCUGGUGUGCCUGGGUAAGAUGCUGGAGUCCCUGGAUAAGUGGUAUGUGCUGGAUGAGAUUCUGCCCAUGUUACAGGAGAUACCAUCCAGAGAACCUGCUGUAUUGAUGGGCAUGUUAGGAAUCUAUAAGAUGACCCUGGAGCACAAGAAGCUGGGGAUACCUCGGGACGUGCUGGCCACAAAAGUCCUCCCCUUCCUUCUGCCUAUUGUCAUAGACAACGCUCUCAACCUCAAACAGUUCAAUGCGUUCAUGUUGGUGAUAAAGGAGAUGGUACGACAGGUGGAGCAGGAACAGAGAACCAAACUGGAGCAGCUCCACUCCAUGCAGGAGGAGCAACAGAGAAGCAGCCUGGCCUUUACCCAAGCAGCUGCAGAUGAUGCCAAAGGUACCAACAGUAUGUUUGCAGGAGGUGGUGGUGAUCAACAAAAUGGUGGCUCAGAUUCUAUGAUGGACAAGAUCUGGAGCAGUUUUGGGCUGGGUGGUUCCAAACCUGUUGCUAAGGAACCAGUGGCCGCCUCCAUGUCUGGCUCUCCUGCUGCUGCAUCUUCCAGGACUUCCUCUGGUUCAUUGGUCGACAGAGAGGAGCCAGCCGCAUCACUGGACAUGUCACCUGGGAGGAUGCCCAACCAACCCGCCAAGGUGAACCUGACCUUGGAGGAGAAGCAGCGAUUGGCUCGUGACCAGGAACAACAGAGACGCCUGAAGACACAAGGCCCCAUAGCUCCCACACAGGCCAAAGCCACGUCCUCAUCACCCAAACCCAGAGACCUGUCAAAAACCCUACUGGACUCCAAGCCUAUGGUGCCUCCAAGUACAGGUACCACAGGAAUGAUGGGAAGUUCACAAGGGAUGAUGGGAGGAAGCACAGGCUGGAGCAUGAUGGGUAGUACGACAACAACAUCCAUGGGAAUGAUGGGAAUGACCUCAACUUCCUCUGGAAUGAUGGGAAGUGGACCCACCCAGAGCAUGAUGGGAAUGUCCUCCCAAGGCAUGAUGGGAAUGCCAUCUCAAGGGAUGAUGGGAACUGGGGGGCAAGGGAUGAUGGGAAUGAUGGGCAAUCAGGGAAUGAUGGGAGGAGCCAGUCCUGGAUUUCAAGGUCAAACUCAAGGUCAAGCCAAACCAGACAUGUCCUCUCUAGAUAAUCUAUUCGGACCUCCGAAGCAGAAAGUACCCAUGGGCCAAAUGACAUCAUCACAGCAGCAGCCAAUGGGAUUUAACCAGAUGGGAGACGACAGUGUGAAAAUGGCGUCUGUCAGCAGCUCGAGCUCGUCAGGGUCAGAAGACGAGAGCAACGACAAGCAGGCAGCCAGCACCAGUGGCAGAUCAAACCCAUUUGCCAACAUGAUAGACCCAGACUUUGACAUGAGCAAAGUCCCAGAGACUGAAGACAUCCGCAUCGAGCAGUACUUCAGCAAGGAAGAGCUGGCAGAGCUCAGCAAGAUCGAGAUGACGCGAUAUCGGAACAUGAAGCGUAACUACGAUGUCAUGAGGAUGCUUGGUCUGCCUGGUAAGAAACCCUACUUCAUGGAAAGGAACAGGCGUAGCUUGGUUCAGCCCAAGGAGCCCCCCACCCCACCUCUCACCAGCAGUGAGGAGGAGGAAGAUGAGGAAUGGACACCUGAACUGGAGAGGAAGAAGAACCAGCGCCCAAAGAAACCUUGGUUCCUGUUGCCACCCAAGAAACCCAGGAUUUCAAAACCCAAACCCAAGACAACUGGUCCUCAACAAAAUUCUAAGGCAAAAAAGAAAGCAGAAGCAACAGUAAGCAAAGCUCCCAGUGAUGAUGAUGUGGCAAAGACAUUCAUGGGGUUCCAAGCAGAGGAGGUGGCUGAGGUUAAGGCUGCGACUGCAGCUGGCCUUGCAGAGCUGGAGAAGAAGAUGGAGGCUCUGGAACUAGAGAUCCAGGAAGAGGAGGCUGCUGGACCACAGGAUGGACAGGAGGAGGAGUCAGAGUCAGACAUCAGUACUGAUUUGGAGGAAGAGCUGCUGACCACCACACUGCAACCACCAAAGCUGCAGGAACUGAAGGAGCCAGAGCCAGUGGUGGAUAGGGAGGAGACUCAGAGGAGUCGCUACCCAAAACGCAACAUCCCACGAAAGAACUACAAGGAAGUGGAACUUCCAGAUGAUGACCACUAUUUGUUCUGUGAAGACUGCAAUGAGCUGUAUGAGGGAGACUGCCCAGUCCAUGGUCCACUGACUGUCGUGAAGGACAAGGUAGUUCCCAAGGGAGAACCCAACAGGGCCGUCCACACCCUACCUGACUACUUGUCUGUGUGUCCAUCCAAGAUCAAGGGGGCAGGGGAUGGGGUCUGGCUGGAUGGACAGGCCAUGCCCAAGAACCUGGUGUUUGGGCCAUACGAUGGGAAAAUCACUGGGCCUGAGAUAGGACUGACAAGUGGAUAUGCAUGGCAAAUCUCCAAGAAUGACAAGGUGAAGUACUACAUUGACGCAACUGAUGUCACCAAGAGCAGCUGGAUGCGUUACGUCAACUGUGCGCGGAAUGAGGAGGAGCAGAACCUGGUGGCCUUCCAGUACUACAGGAACAUCUACUACCGCACCUACAAGCCCAUUCGCCCUGGCACUGAGCUGCUGGUGUGGUAUGGGAAUGAGUACGCCAAAGAGCUGGGCAUCUCAGAAAAGGAAGAGACCAAGGGAGAGGAGCCCAGUAAGCAAAAGCAAAGUAUCCACACAAAUGCAGUUGCAGGCUAUGGGUGCAGCAGGUGUGGGAAGCUGUUCUCCACCCAGGACUACCUGGACAGGCAUGUGAAGAAACUGAUUGAUAUUACCUGUUAUAUCAUUACAGGUAUCCAGACAGGUGCAGUUGCAGGCUACAGGUGCAGCAGGUGUGGGAAGCUGUUCUCUACCCAGGACUACCUGGACAGACAUGUGAAGACUCAUGCAGACAGGUCAGGGUUAAAACGGUUCAAGUGUCAACACUGUACUUAUUCAACUAACAUACAAAAUAACUUGAAGAAACACAUGCUGACCCACACAGGAGAGAGACCAUUCAAGUGUCCGACUUGUGGGAAGGGUUUUAUAGAGAAGGGAGGCCUGAAGAGACACCAGAGGGUUCACACUGGAGAGAAACCCUACAGGUGUGAGGAGUGUGGGAGGUCAUUCAACCGACAGUCAAACCUGACCACACACAUGUUAACACAUUCUGGCCUGCAGCCUCAUGUCUGCACAGUGUGUGGGAAGGGAUGUACAGUGAGAGGUGAUCUAAAGAAACACAUGAGACUUCACACUGGUGAGAAGCCAUACAAAUGUGAACACUGUGACAUGAGGUUCAGUGACAGGACAGGUUGGAAGUGCCAUGUAAUCAAUAAUCACACUAAGGAGUUUCCUCACAGGUGUCAGGUGUGUCACAGGGGUUUUUUGAGGCCACAUGAACUGAGAACCCACAUGCAGAAGGUGCACAGUAAUUAA